AUGAGUGGCAUAGGAGACAACUCGUUGGAGCCGCUGUGCUCUGACCGUAAACGUAAACUGUCCACCUGCGACACACCAGGCAUAGGGUGUGACAAGCGUCGACGGGAACAGGAGACCAAGUACAUCGAGGAGUUGGCUGAGCUCAUCUCUGCUAACCUCUCUAACAUUGAUAGCUUCAACGUGAAGCCUGACAAAUGUGCAAUCCUCAAGGAGACUGUGCGGCAGAUCAGACAAAUCAAAGAGCAAGGUAAAAACUCUUGCAAUACUGAUGAUGUACAGAAGGCAGAUGUGUCCUCCACUGGUCAAGGAGUCAUAGACAAAGACCACUUGGGGCCCUUGCUUCUACAGGCACUAGAUGGCUUUCUUUUUGUAGUGAACCGAGAAGGUAGCAUUGUAUUUGUGUCAGACAAUGUGACACAAUACCUCCAGUACAAACAGGAGGAGUUAAUCAACACCAGCGUCUACAACAUCAUCCACGAUGAGGACAGAGAAGCGUUUCACAAGAAUUUACCCAAGUCUGCUGUUCCAAAUGGGACACCGUGGGCAGGAGAGGCUCCCAGACAGAAGAGCCACACAUUCAACUGUCGCAUGUUGGUAAACUUGGUCCAUGGUCAAAGUCAUGUGUUGUCAGAAGACAGGCCCGGUGGACAGCGCUAUGAGACCAUGCAGUGUUUUGCUCUCACUCAGCCCAGGGCCAUGAUGGAGGAAGGGGAAGAUCUACAGUCAUGUAUGAUCUGCGUGGCCCGGCGCAUCACAGCAAUAGAGAGGACAGAGCGUUUUAGCACCCGCCAUGAACUGACAGGUAAACUUAUUGAAAUUGAGCAGCAUAACACACUUCACACCACAAUGCGUCCUGGCUGGGAGGACAUGGUGGGGCGCUGCAUACAGAUGUUCCUCAAUCGAAGCGAGGGGCAGCCAUGGUCUUAUAAGCGCCACUAUCAAGACGCUUUCCAUAAUGGCCAUGCAGAGACACCACUCUACAGAUUCUCCCUCUCCAACGGAACCCCUGUCACAGCCCAGACUCGCAGUGACCUUUGUAGGAAUCCUAACACCAAUGAGCCACACUCAUUUCUCUCCACACACUUGCUUCAGAGAGAGCAGAAUAGCUAUUGUGGAAAUCAGGUCGGAGGCAUGAGGCCGCAAAGCAUGGGUGUGAACAACCCCAAUCAGCAGAUGAACAUGCCUGCCGGAGGAGGAAUGAAUAUGGCCUACAACAUGGCUGAGCAGGGAAACCUGGCUCAAAGAGGAGUAACUCCUUACAACGGGGGUAACCGGAUGCAUCAAAUGAAUCCCAUGCAUCAAAUGAACAACAUGGGUCCAAUGAAUUCUAUGAACUCAAUGAACCAAAUGGGGCAGAUGAAUCAGAUGGGCCACCACGGCAUGCAUCAGCAGCAUCAACAUCAACAGAUGGGUCAAUAUCAUGGAGGUGGUUCUGGAUGUGGAGGGUAUGGGAUGGGAAUGACCAGCCCCUCGCAAGCCAGUUCAGGCAUAAAUGGUCCCCCACACAAUGUCAUGGGUUCACCUCGAGUCAGAGGAAGCCCCAAGAUGGGUGCCAGCCCCUUCUCGCCCGGAGGUUUGAAUUCUCCCAUGAACUCCAGUCACCCGGGUAACACAGGAGGGGGGACCACUACUUUCUCCAGCAGCUCCUUGAAUGCUCUUCAAGCGAUUAGUGAAGGUGUUGGCAAUCCGUUGCCCUCACCCCUUACUUCUCCGACCCCGCACAAGCCUGACAGCUCACCAAGCAUCAAUUCCACCAACCAGGUUACUGGGGGACCCUGCAAAUCCAGCCUCCCACCCCACUGCGACUCAAAGAGCCCAGGCAGCUCACUGGGAGCAACAGGGGAGCAGCAUCCGCUCACCCCCAUAAACGAGUGCGCUUCGGACAAACCGGAUAGUCAAGCAAACAGGGACGCUGGACCAAUGGGAGACUCUAAUCGUCGGUUGCCUGACAAAAGCCAAAAGAAGCUUUUGCAGCUCCUCACAUCUCCAACAGAUGAGCUUGCGCCACCUAAGCACCCACCAAGCACUGGGCCAACUUCCACACCAGAUGUCAAGGACGGAACAACUGGCGUUACCAGCCCUUCCUCAUCAACAGGAGUGUCAUCGUCCACUGGUCGGGGUCUUGGCGCAGUGUCGUCUUCUGGCAGUACAGGACAUUUCACAAGUCAGUCACUUCAAGAGAAACACAAGAUUCUCCAUAAGCUCUUGAAAAAGGAGAACACUCCAGAUGAGGUGGCACGCAUCACAGCAGAAGCCACAGGCAAGAGUAGCUUAGAGUCAAGCACAUCUGAAGCAGGAGCUACACCUGUUGGAGGGGUUCGAGGAGCAGAAUCCAAGCAGGAGCAGCAUAGUCCGAAGAAGGAGAAACCCUACGUGCUCCUUCACUACCUCCUUAAUAAGGAUGACUCUAAAGAGGGUGUGGAUAUCAAGCCAAAGCUGGAGGAGCUGGAGGGAAGGGUAGCUUCGGGGUCAGGGGUUACAAGCUCUGUGACCCAUUCAAUGGAUGGCAAGGUCAAACUCGAGCCAUCUGAUGAGGUGGAGACCCUGGAGACCAUCCUUGGAACAAGGAAUGUCUCUGGUUUCUUCCCAGAACCUGAUUCCAGAUCAGGAAAAGAACUCGGGAACAAACAAGCAAUUAUGCCGGACAGUUUACUUGAAGGAGAUCGAGGCGCUGUAGGUCCAGGUCACCGAGGUGCCUAUCCAAGGUCAUUGUCUGUGGAUGCCAAGUCAAUGGGUGGAGAAGUGCCAGGGGGAGUUGGUUUGGCUGGACGAAGGACUGUCCACUGUCCCACGCUCGUAAAACAAGAGAACAUGGAUGCACCAAUCCGACCUGGGGGUGUUCCUAAUGGCUUUCCUGGAGGCAUGGGCGUCUGUCCACAAAGAGGCCAUCCAACAAGAGGAAUGGUCAGGGGGACAGGAAUGCCUCAACGCCCUCCAAUGUCAGGGCCGGGAGAAUGGGUAAUGCAGAGAUCAAAUACCAGCCAAAUGACUGGACGAGGUCACCCAGGUAUAGGUCGCUCUGGCCCAAUGGGUGGACCCAUGAUCAACCGGUCCAACAGUGUACCCGCAAACACCCGGUCAAUCCUGCAGCAACAACUUAUGGAUAUGGGUACCAAUGAAGGCAAUAUGAAUAUGAGCCCGUUUGGUGGUCACGGACCACCAUCUCAGUCCCCUACCUGGCCAGACUCUGGCAUGGGGAUGGAAAGAUCACAGAGUAACACGAACAGGGAACAGUUUAGCAAUCCCCUAGAGGAGCUACUCGGCCCCUUGACUAGCAACGAGGGACAGAGUGAUGAGCGGGCACUUCUGGAUCAGCUAGACUCUCUGCUGAACACUGCUGACGUGAUUGCACUGCAGGAAAUAGACCGAGCCCUGGGUAUCCCUGAAAUAGUCGGCCAGAACCAAGGACCUGAGGGGCAUCCUCAAGCCCAGGAUCAAGGACAGUCUCAAUCUGCCCCAUCAGAGCCUUUUGCGGGACCUGACUCAACUAUGGGUUUAGAGCAAAAGCCUAUGUAUGGCCAAGGCUACCCUGGUCCACCGGGACCCUCAUCUAUGGGUAUGCAGCCCGGGUAUGCUGGCAACACAAUGCCAAACCAAGCUUCAGCAGGGUUCAACCCAAUGAUGAAUCAAAUGGGCCAGACCGGAAGCUUCCCGGGAAUGGGCGGAAUGUCGGGUCUGGGCAACCCUCGCGCAAACAUGAUGAGACCUCGUAUGAUGACUGCCAACAAGCCUCUUCGACUGCACCUACAGCAAAGGCUUCAAGCGCAACAGUUAUUGAACCAGACCCGUCAAGGCAUGAAGAUGGAAGGUGCUCCAGGAGGAAAUCCCUCCAUGCGUCCUGCUUUGCGCCCUGGUAUGCAACCUGGUAUGCAGCCUGGCAUGCAACCGGGCAUGCAGUCCGGUAUGCGACCUGGUAUGCAGCCUGGGAUGAGUGGUCAGCCUGGUUUCCUGAAUGCUCAGAUGAUGGCCCAGCGCAGCAGGGAAGUGAUGACCAUGCAAAUGAGGAGGCAGCGGAUGAUGAUGCUAAUGCAGCAGCAGCAGCAGCAGCAACAACAGCAGCAACAGAUGCAGGCGCAGGGGCCUGCCGCAGGAUUCAGCCCGCCUCCAAAUGUUACCGCACCAGGAGGAAUGGACGGCACCAUGGGAGGCCCCAGCAUGAACCAGCCAGGACAGCAGGGAUUCACCUAUGGAGGUAACUAUGGCAUGAACCAACAGGGGGAGCAAUCCUUUAUGGGUCCAAGUAGCAGCCCGCCCCAAAACAUGAUGACGGGGAGAAUGGGAGGUCCCGCUCAGAACAACAUGAUGUCAGGAAUGCAAGGAAAUCCACAGGGAGGCUCCAUGUAUGCUUCAGGAGAUAUGAAGGGCUGGCCGCAGGGUGGAAUGCAGCGCAAAACCUCGUACCCGCAGCAACAGUUUCCCCAGCAGGCAAAUCAAGGCCAGUUCGGAAACAUGAUGAUGAGCAACUCUAUCGGCAGACCCGGGGCUGUCGGUGCCGCCGGCUCCGCACAAAUGGGCCAGAUGCAGAAUCAAAUGCAGGGCCAGAUGCCGGGACCAAUGCAAGGCCAGAUGGGCAUGAACCCCAUGGGAAUGGGUCGCAUGCCGAUGGGAUCUGAUCAGAAGUAUUGCUGA